CCUGGCACUUCCCAAAAAAAGUACCUUUCGGAAAGUUAAAACAAGCUGAUAUGCGUCUCUCAAUUUAUGACCAAAUUAAACAUCUUGAGAGGCCCUAAGAAAAAUACUUUGCAAUGCACUUGCAACUCUGUUCAACAGUGUUGUAACACCUUUGCUGAAACUGAUUAAACACCUUAAGCACAAAAUACUGGCUUUAAAACUAGAUUUUACAUUAGACUUUAGAUUUUUACAAUGCAUCUGUAUUACAUCUGGUACUGACCACUUACAGUAUUUUUGUUCUUCUGCCAUUCACUUAGAAAUUUAAGUAACACAUAAAAAUCUCAGAAACAUCCAAACUAUGUUUCUUUCUGCUCAUCCAUCUCCCCUUUAAUCUGUGUGUUGUGUUUGUCCAGAGAACUCAUGGAUGGUCUCCGGAGAAAGAUUUUGACUGGACACUCCAACCUCAUCCCACUACCAUAAAGAGCGAGAAGAGGCCACAGGCUCUGAUGGGGAUAAGAGAAGAGGAAAAGACUGUGUAUACUUGUACUUUUUCUUUAAUUAGAAAAAUAAAUUAUAACAUUUUGUGUUGGCUACUCAUUAUACUAUUGGUAUUUUGUGAUUCUGAGCUUGAACGUGAAAUGUAAAAGUAAAACAGAGAAACAUAUGAUAGUUACUUAGUGAUUUCUAUAUUACUUACACAUGAAGUUACAGGAAGACAAAAAAAAAGCAGAGCAGCUUUGUUUUUCCUAAUAAAUGGCUCAUUCUUCACUUUCACACUGUUUUUGCUCUUGUCUGGAUCCUGGUUCUACCGUUUGUUUCUGAGAUCCAGAGCUGUAAAACCGCACAGGAGCGCCUCCUCCUGGACAAGGACUUUGUAAUAAAUGCUCACAGUUUUAAAAGUUACAAACCUCUUAUGCUGGUAGACUGUAACAAUGGCAUGCUUUAUAUACAUAUUGACAUUUUUAUUUUGAAAUUCUUCAUUGCUGACAGUUCAAGAACUUUGCUUUUGUAUCUCUUCACUUUGUGCAGACUAGUGUGCACAAAGUUUAAAUUUUAUGUAAUUUGAUACCAUUUUGUAUAAUGAAACCACGCUUUAUGCUGAAACUCCACUAUGACGGCUGUGUAGUUGUGUGUACGUGUGUGUGUUUCUGCAGAAACAUUUCGAUGCACCAACUGCAACAAAACCCUUUUGUGCCUGUGUAGCUGCUGGGUUAAGCACAUUUUAAUUUAACGAUAGUACCCGUUUAGUUUAGGCUCGGGUUAAUCAGUGCAAGACAGAAGAAGAUCUGUAACUUAUAAAAAAAAACCUGUCAGCUGUUUUAUUAUUCAGUCAGGAAACGGGAAAGGUAAUGCGGAAGAUAAUAAAUCGUGUACAGUUGUGUAAGUGCACGCGUGUGUGAACCGCGUAGAAGCCACGCCACCAGCAGAGAGGGGUUCCCCUAACCGACAGCAGACUACGAUCCGAGCAGAGAAGCUGACGGAGUCUUUUUAAAAAGCUCGAACAACAAAUCUGUCAGUGUCACAGAGGAUCGAGUGAUUACCAAAAAUCAAAGCGCGUCUAGACGCCCUUCCAAUGAAAUGACCGGAUUUGAAGGCUGAAGUGAAGCGGCUGUGCGCCUCUCGUCGUGCGCUCUCACGGCGGAUUUAGCUGUGCAGUGCCCAAAAGAGUGCAGAAAAGAGACCUAAAGGGACCCUGAGCUCGCUGGGACUGGAAUAAGCAAGAGAUAUAGGUUGGAGCGAAGAACAGGAGGAAAAUCAGCCCAGAUUGCGAUGAACUUCUUCAGAAAGCUGCUGAAAUAGCCCCGGAGCGCCGACUGUGAUGGAAGAGCGCCAGGUACCCCAGGUCACCAUCACCUCGGAUGUAGGCUUGGAGAUGCAGCAGGAUGAUACGGUGGACGGUAAACUGAGCAGGAAACUGUCCAGCUCCUCUAUCUCCUCCACGGGGUCCUCUACUGUGGAGUCCGAGGAUGACCUACUCAGUGACUCCGAGACCAAAGGCAUCGUCGAUCUAGAGCACCUGGUCGACUCCGUGGAGGCGAAGCCAUGGUGGAAGUUAAAGACGAUUGUCCACUGGCCCUUCGGAGCUACUCGGAGAAAACUCAACUGGGUUCAGCUAGCCGGGCACAAAGGCAACUUCAAAGCAGCAGAACAGGGCACCAUUCUGAAGAAGUUCUCUGAAAAUGAGAUGCAGUGUUUUGAGAAGCUAAAAGAUGACACAAUGCACCCACUCGUCCCCUUUUACUAUGGCACUGUGGAAAAAGACGGAGAGUCUUUUCUUCACAUGACUGACCUGCUGGCAAACUUUGACCUUCCCAAUGUCAUGGACUGCAAGAUGGGAGUGAGGACGUACUUGGAGGACGAGCUUGUUCGAGCACGAGAACGACCCAAGCCAAGGGAGGACCUGUACAAGAAAAUGGUGGAAGUGGACAAUGACGGGCCUACUCCCCAGGAACAUUCCCAACGUGGCGUCACGAAGCCUCGCUACAUGCAGUGGAGGGAGACUAUGAGCUCCACCCACACCCUGGGCUUCAGGAUAGAAGGAACCAAGAAAUCUGACGGUACAUGUCGAACUGACUUCAAGAGAACCCAGUCGAAGCAGGAUGUCAUCCAGGUGUUGAAGGACUUUGUUGAAGGAAAUGUCAGCAUCAUAGAGUCUUACCUGAGCAGACUGAUGGAGAUCCGGCGGACCCUGCAAAUGUCGGCGUUCUUCAAGCGACACGAGGUCAUUGGCAGCUCUCUCCUUUUUAUCCAUGACCACACGGGCAAAGCACAGAUCUGGAUUAUUGACUUUGGCAAGACCACAGCAUUACCAGAGGGCCAGAUGUUAAAACAUAACAUUCCCUGGCAGGAGGGCAACAGGGAGGAUGGUUACCUGUGGGGGCUGGAAAACCUCAUCCACACACUGGAGUGUGUAAGCAAUGAAGUGAGCAGUGAAGAGACCUGUUGCUCAGUUACUAAGGAAAACAGCCAAACUACAGAAACAGAUGGCCAGUGACCUUUGAC